AGAAAAAAACACGCUAAGAACCGUUAGAAAAUAACACGUCAUAAAGCAUUAGAAAAAAAACUUUCAAUAAAACACGCUAGAAAUAGUUGCAAAAGAAAAUGUUACAAAAAUAGUUAAUAACAGAUACAAAAAGGUGUUACUAAAUAAACAUUACACAACCAUCACAGAACUGUUAAAAAGCGUGAACAAUGUCGGUAACGCACCUUGACGUAGGUUUCCAACCAACAACAAACCAAUAAUUGCAAUACGCAGUGGAUAGAGCGACAUUCUCAGUUGUGUUUACGUAGCUUCCGGAAAAACUUCAAGUUGGUCAAAGAUUUUUCGCAAAAGUAGAAUUUUUCUUUACGCUAAACAGUCACAACAAUGUGAGCUAACAUCGUAAAGACGACACGAGGUAGGAGGAUGAGCAUCGUGAGAGAAAAUAGUGAAUAAUGUUCGUAUCGUGAAUCUGAUGUCCUGGGUUGAAGAAGAACACGAGACCCGGUUCAAAGCUGGAGAUUGUUUUCAACACAAAUAUCUUGUUGUCUCUAUUUCAUAUGAAACACUGUGAAUGAUAUCAUUUAUCGUUAUAUGAUAAUAAUAUGAAUGCAGUGAACUUACCCUGUUGUAUCACACAUUCUCUCGUCCUUUAAGAAGAGCUCCUUCACUUCCUGUGUGCAUUGCAUUGUGGGACAAUAACCAUCAAAAAGUGAACAUGAAUCAAAAGAGACUAAAGUAAUUUGUCAGUUAGUGUUUGGAAUCAGAUUUAGUAAAAUGUUUCCCUCACGUUCUCACUUCACUGACACUGUCCUCCAGGUGAAGUGCUGGUGUCGGGGGGGUUUUCUCAGGAAGCCUCUGGACAGGACACCGCUCCAGUGACGGUAGGUAGCAGAGUUCCUUCUUCACCUCCUCCUCUCCUCACACCUCCUUCACCCGUUUCUCCUCCCUCUCUCCGCCGGUCGCAGCCGGCUGCUGCUGAGUCGGUCGUCCUGUCGGUGUCGGUGAUCAAAGUGGAGGACGACAGUGAGGACGAGUCCUGGUCCCAGUCCCAGCAGAGCACAGUUUUUUGUCGAGCUGUUGAAGAACAGAAGACAGCGACAGAACCUUUCCACCCGCUGACCGAACAGGAAGCGGCAGGCGGAGGACCAAACACCCUGAACUCCAGCCGGGGGCUCGAACCCGCCGGUUACGGAUGUCUGAUGUACGAGCCACAGCUCCAACAUGGCCCCCGCGCUACCCAGAAUCCCCUGAGUGAGAGUCCCGGCUGCUCGUACGUACUGAACACCAGUGAGCUGAGUGUCUCCGGUUCCGGCAGCAGCAGCUUUACUUUCAACGCCAGUGAGACGAGCCCGUCUGCAGCAGAGCUCCAGCAGCCCGCAGCGUUCAUAGACAACCAGCAGAGGGCGCCACUAGCCACCGACGAGCCUCAACAGCCAGUGAGAACAGAGGUGACGGAGAGACGGGCUGCUUCCCUCAGGAGGGACAGGUGGAGACAUCAGGGCCGGGUCAGCAGGGCUGCCAUCCAGGGUGGAGAGGACGGCGGGGGGAAUUCGUUUGUGUGUAACUGCUGCGGUAAAACUCUGGCCUGCCUGAAGAACCUAAAGAUCCACAUGAGGGUCCACACGGGCGAGAAGCCUUUUGUCUGCUCGCUCUGCGGCAAGCGCUUCUCCGACUCCAGCAACUUGAAACGCCACCAGAGCGUCCACACCGGAGAGAAGCGCUACGGCUGCGUCCACUGCGGCAAACGCUUCGCCCAGUCGGGCUCCCUGAAGGUCCACAUGACCGUCCACACCGACUGUAAACAGUUCAAGUGCUGGUACUGUGGCAAGACGUUUAUAUCAGGCGGCCACCUGCGACGACACAUCACUGUCCAUGCAGGAGACAAACGAGGGCCGCCCACAUAACAGGGACAUCGAUGGAGGGGGGGUUAAAGGUCGGGGGUCAGAUCCCAGUGGAGCCACAUGUGCAGUGAAUGGACAAAACAACAGACCAGACCUGAGCCGCUGUACCAAGGUCCCGCCCAUGCACAUGUUCUACCUAUCAGGACUCAGUCUCAGCUGUCAAUCAUGAUAUCUCAGCCUGUUUUUAUCAACUGAUCUGAACCACUUGAACAAAGCUCGGUGAAAUAAGAACGACGUGAACUGACAGAAACUUUUAUUUAAAGUCCUCCAUCAGCUAACAUGGAGGAGGCUGGGUUAAUGACCUGUGUUGCUGCAGCCACAAGGGGGCGAUGGACAUGUUUUAGCUUCACCUUUGCUCUGGAGGAACUGAAGUACAGAGGUCACAGAAAUACACUGGUUUCCUUUUAACAAGGUUUUAAUACAUGAUAAACAAAACAAUGCACCAAGUACUGUAAAUGUUAAAUCCCAAAACCCAGCGCCAUCAACAGGCCAACAGAGGAACUACUGCCGUUUGUUCAUUUAGACAAUUUACCGAUUGAAGCACAGCGAUCAACACUGCAGUCGGAUUUCAUAAGUGAAUAUUUUGGUGAUUUCUGUCAUCAGAAUUGUUUCAAUUUCAAAUUAAAAUCCAGUUUACGGUUUUCAGAGCAGAGACUUUACAUGGACACAGAAGAGAGGAAUUCAAAUGAACAGUUAUAAUAAGUGUUGUCACAGGAAGAUAAUAAUAUUUCAGACACUAUGUACAGGAUCAGUAACAACAAUCAGAUCAAAAUUCAUAAUAAAUGUCUUUCAGGAAACUUCAGGAAUUUCUUGUCUUUUGCAGUAAAUUAAAUAUUUUACAUUUUAAAAAGUGUUGAAUAGAAAAAAAAAACAUUCAACUUUGAUCAUUUAAAGCUGCAUUAAUUGACUGUUGGCCACCGGGGGGCAGCAGAUACAAGAAACAACAUGAGACAGUUGCAUGUUUGUCACAUUAGGCAGUGAACUGGUUCAUGCCCAGUGUUCCCACUCUUUAGCUCCGGGUUUAGUCUCCACCUCCUCAAAAAAACUCCGGACUCAUAGUUUUGGCUGUAAAACUAAAACCAGGAGCUGAAAGAAGCUGAAGGUUCAUUCAUAUAAAACAUUUGCAGCUUUAAAUGCAAAGAUAUGCAAAUUCAUGCAGAGCAUUAGUAAAAAUAUCGUUAUAUAGAUUUUUAAACAUUGAUAUAGUGAUAGCAUUUCCUGAAUAUUCAGAUUUCAACCGAUUUGGCACUUUGAGUGAAUAAAUACACAAACACACAUCAGUCAAUGUAGAAACUCACAUUGAGUUUUAAAGGCCCGUUGUUUGGUACGAUUAAAAAAAGCAGCAAACUUGUCUUGAUCAAAUUCAACCGUGAAAAACCAAGUAGAGAAGUUCAGGUUGGACUCUUCGUGUUGCAGAUGCUGCGUUCAGGUCACGUGGACAAAUUCCCACGGUGAUGAUUUGUAAGAAUUCACAUCAACGGUGGACUUACAUGAAAUCAAAUUUGGGUUUAAUCAGGUUCAAUGACAAACUUUGGUUGGUGGUGUUUGACUUUUCAAACGAUUCUGAGUAAAUAUAAAAUCUUUAUUGACCUUUGAACAGUAGAAGUCAGAAAUGGUGGUAAAUCCCAUGUGAGCGAAACGCAGCGUCUGAACAGAAAUGAAGUUUCCUUCAGUUGAACGUAUCAAAUCGUAACGUGAUUGAAAGUAUUAAUCUUCAUAAAGUCCAGAACCUUAUAAAGCCACUCGGCACAGAGCUUGUUAGUUUGGUCCCAGCUUCACUUCUACACUCGUUUUCAUGAUGAAGACACUGGACACUUUUUGAUGACUAAUCAUUUUCAAUGACAGGAUGAAUCCAACAAAGGUCAAAUCCCUGAUUUUGUGUUUUUUCUCUCCCAGCUCAUUGCUGAGGUUUUAAAACUCACCUCACUCAAUCGAGUGUUUUCUUUAAUUAUUGCUUCAUCUGAAAUCCCUGCAUCACAUCUGAACAAGAAGGAGCCUUCACACUGACCUGUUUACCACUGGACUCAUGAAUAAAUGCUGAUGGGCUUUUUUGUCCUGCCUGGGAUGUUAA